UUCAACAAAAAAUGAAGAUGAAUAUAUUUCCUUACUAGAAGGCAGAGUUUCUUAUUAUGGAAAGUAAGAAGAGAUAAGGAAAACACAUUUUGUAAUCGAGAAGAGCUGGCGACUUUGAAGAGAGUUGGUAUGAAGCAGAGAGACAAGCUGCUAUGGCAUGAUACAGCAUAGAUGCCAGGGACCCACUAGAGGAACUGUAAUGAAGGUGAUGCCGAAUCAAACCUCUGUCGCUGAAUUUUUCCUCCUGGGAGUGACCGACAUACAGGAACCACAACCUUUUCUCUUUGCUGUCUUUAUCACCAUCUACUUUGUCAAUAUAACUGGGAAUGGAGCCAUCCUGAUUAUCGUCAUUUCGGAUCCAAGACUCCACUUACCUAUGUAUUUUUUCCUGGGAAACCUAGCAUGUCUAGAUAUUUGCUACUCCACUGUGACAGUGCCGAAGAUGCUGGAGAACUUCCUCUCCACAAGCAAAGCAAUUUCCUUUCUGGGAUGCAUAACUCAGCUUCAUUUUUUCCACUUUCUGGGCACCACAGAGUCCCUGCUGCUGGCAGUGAUGGCAUUUGAUCGCUUCGUGGCAAUCUGUAAACCACUUCACUAUUUUGUCAUCAUGAAUCGCCAGCUCUGUAUCCUAAUGGCUGUCAUCAUCUGGACCAUUGCUUUUCUCCAUGCUCUGCUUCACUCUGUAAUGACAUCUCGUUUGAAUUUCUGUGGUUCCAACCAUAUUCACCAUUUCUUCUGUGAUGUUAAGCCAUUGCUGGAACUGGCCUGUGGAGACACCAAGCUCAACCUUUGGCUGCUCAACACUGUAACAGGCACCAUUGCCUCAGUCCCCUUCUUUCUGACAUUUCUCUCCUAUUUCUAUAUUAUCACCUAUCUUUUCCUCAAGACCCAUUCUUGCAGCAUGCUCCACAAAGCACUGUCCACUUGUGCCUCUCACUUUAUGGUUGUUAUUCUUUUUUAUGCUCCUGUUAUCUUUACCUACAUCCGUCCCUCCUCAGGCAGCUCUCUGGAUCAGGACCGGAUCAUCGCCAUCAUGUACAGUGUGGUCACUCCUGCUCUCAAUCCACUCAUCUACACCUUGAGAAACAAGGAAGUGAGGAGUGCAUUGAAUAGGAAGAUGAGAAGAUGGCUCCAACUUGAAGAGAUCUGAAGAACUCUUCUGAGGCAUAAAUAACCAAGCAAUGAGAAAUUAAGAUAUAUUCUUAUGUAUAAUAGAUGUACACAUAUAUAACUGAACAAGUUGAGUAAUGGAAAAUAUAUGGGAAAAUAUGAUCUAGUGGUAUUAAACUAUUAAGCAAGGGAAACUUGAACUUGUGGAGCUCUAAUCAUAGAAUCUGUUUCCUGAAUUUGCUUUUGGCAUAUUAGUUGGUAACUUUGACUUGUGACAUACUCUAAUGUGACUUGUAUGUAACUGGUUAUAGAAAUAUGUGUAUACUACCCGUGUUUAGGAUAAAUAUUAGUACUUUUGACUGUUUAUCUGUCAACACAUAUUAGCUUGAUGAUUAUCAUUAUGUUUUCUUAUUUUUUUGAAGAAUUAUUGAAACUAUGGUUACUCAGCUGGAAAAGUUAGUUGCAAAUCACAAAUGAGCUCCAGAAAAAUUUCAGAGGCGGAACGUUUCUUUUAAUCCUGAUCCUGAUUCUGUUACUAUUAGAAGUUUUAGGGUCAGUGGGUAAGGUUUUAUUUUUUAAAUUUUAUUAUUUAUUAUUAUUUUUGAGGCAAGAUCUCCUGUACCUGGGUUGGCCUUGAAUUCCUUAUGUUCUUGCUUCUACCUCUCAAUUGCUGGGCUUAUAGGUGUACUACCUAUAUAUAGGUGUACUACCUGCUUUAUAAACAAUUUAGACAAUAUAUUUUACCAAGUCAUCAACAUAUCAUAUAUAUAUAUAUUAUAUAUAUAUAUAAUCAGCAUAAGGAUGUUGAGAUAUUUUACAUCUGACAGUCUAAACUCUUUAAGAUCUGGGUGGUAACUUUUUCUCUUGUCCCAGCAACAUUUGAAGUGUUGAGUAGCCUUAGCUACCAGUGUUUGAGUGAUGGAAUAAAGUCCAAGGUGAGAGUUCCUCAUGUGGUUAGAUAUUUUUCAAACCUAUUUUUAUGUAUUAAGUAUUUUUAUUUAAUAUUCAUACAUGCAUAUGAUAUGUUUGGAUCUAAUCCACCCCAUUCCCUUUUCAAUUCCUCCUCUAUAUAUCCUUUAUGUUUCCCACCAAACUUUGUGUGCUUUCUGGUAAGGAAGUAGAUGUCUAUAGAGAAACAGUGUUUACCGGGUAUUAGACACUAGAAAGCAGUUGCACAAUGAACUCACAAUGGAUGAGACUGCAGGCACAAGACUAGAAUAAGAUGAGGCCAGACAAAAUUCCAUGAAUUCCCACCCCUGUCUGAGUAUAUUAGGCAGUUGAUAGCUACUGGGAGAGGGAGAGUCACUUUCCUUUAGGAAUGUGGGCCUGGAGAAGAUACCCAUGCUCUAGUGAAUGAGCCCUCACAUCCAUGCACAUAAAGGCAAUAUGAAAUGGAUUCAAUGUGUAUUCAGUUAGAUUAUUUUUCUGGAACCUUGUACUUUCCAGAGUCCAUGGCCUUACCCCUUCAAACAAACAAAACAAAACAACUAAAGAUAUUAAAAAGAAAUUGAUAAAUUUUAUCAUGGAAGGGAUCUUUUUUUUUUUUUUUUACAAAAGUAAGAAGCUCUCUCCCUCAGUUCCAGAAACAGGGCCACAAGGCUGCAGAAGCUACAGCUGAGUCAAUGAGGCCCUUUGCUGACAACCUAGGGCAGAUCUGAUGGAGAUGUCACCACUGUUAAGUUCUCACAGCCAGCAAACCUUUCCUGCUGAGCCAGAACUCCUCAUGACUGUAAUGUAAAGAUUGUAAGAGUUUCACAGAAUCAUUAAGUGAAUGUUUGUUUUCCCACUCUCUUGUCAUUUCAGUUUGGAUCCAAGGAACAAUGAUCUCUUCUGACUAAGAGGUGGUACCCUUGUUAGAUUUUCCUUUUCAAAUAAGUGCUGUGCAUUCUUUAGUUUACAAUCUUUUCCAGGACUGGAGAGAUGGUGCAUUGGUUAAAAGCACUGUCUGCUCUUACAGCUGAAUGUGAUUCAAUCCCAAGUACCACAUGGUGGCUCACACUAUUUGUAA